UUACGCUCCGCCGGCACUGGGAGUUACUGGGAGUUACUGGGAGCUACUGGGAGCCCCCGAGGAGGCCAUGCCCGACCCCCGCCUGGACCGGGGCCGCUUUCCCUCCCUCCGCCUCACGGGGGCGCCGCGGGCCCCGCCCCCCUCGGGCCGCCGCGCGGGGCUGUGGCGCCGCCUGGCGGCCGCGGGCGGGAACUGCGGCUGCUGCGGCUGCUGCGGGCGGAGCGGCGGCGGCGGCGGAGAGUGGGAACCGAUCCCGGGAGAGACGCCGGGACGGAGAACGGCGCAGCCAGUGCGGCCAGGCCUAUUGGCUCCGGUGUGGCUCCGCCCCGGCUCCUCGACCAAUCGGACGGCGCAUCACACGCAGGAGUUCCCGGCGCGCCCCCUGGUGGUGAGGCGGGGGCAGCGCUUCCACGUGGGAAUGCGGCUGCCGAGGGAACCGCGCACCGGAGACGGGAUCUGCCUGGAGCUGACGCUGGGUCCUAACCCGCAGGUGGCGAAGGGGACGCACGUCCUGGUGCCGCUCGGGGGCUCCUCCCCCACCGGUUGGUCGGCUGAGGUGGACGAGGGCGUGGCCGAGCCAAUAGGGGGCGGGGCCAAUUCUGGCCACGCCCUGUGGGUGGGGCUUACGGCCCCGCCCACGGCUCCCAUUGGUCGGUACCGGCUGAGCGCCCGGACCAGGACCGAGGCCGGGGAAUUCGCGGCGCCCUUCGAGCCCGACAACGACCUCGUGCUGCUCUUCAACCCCUGGUGCCAAGAGGACUCGGUGUACAUGGAGCAGACGAGCGACCUGAGCGAGUACGUCCUCAACGAGAGCGGCCGCAUCUUCUACGGCACCGAGGAGCAGAUCGCCGAGCGCGCCUGGAACUACGGCCAGUUCGAGCCGGGCGUGCUGGACGCGUGCCUGUUCAUCCUGGACCGGCGGGGGAUGCCGCACGGCGCCCGCGGGGAUCCCGUCAUGGUGGCGCGCGUCGUCUCCGCCAUGGUGAAUUCCCUGGAUGACAGCGGCGUGCUGGUGGGGAACUGGACCGGGGAUUAUUCGCAGGGCACCAACCCCUCGGCCUGGGCCGGUUCCGUGGGGAUCCUGCGCAGCUUCCACGGCACCGGCAGCCCCGUCCGCUACGGCCAGUGCUGGGUCUUCGCCGGCGUGGUCACCACUGUGCUGCGCUGCCUGGGCCUCCCCACCCGCACCGUCACCAACUACAACUCGGCCCACGACACCGACACCUCCCUGACCACCGACAUCUACCUGGACGAGGCCAUGAGACCCCUGGAGCGCCUCAACACCGACUCCGUCUGGAACUUCCACGUGUGGAACGACUGUUGGAUGAAGAGGCCGGACCUGCCCGAGGGCUACGACGGGUGGCAGGUGGUGGAUGCCACCCCCCAGGAGACCAGCAGCGGGCUGUUCUGCUGCGGGCCGUGCUCCGUUAAGGCGGUGAAGAACGGCGACGUCUUCCUCAAGUACGACACGCCCUUCGUCUUCGCCGAGGUGAACAGCGACAAGGUGUACUGGCAGCGGCAGGCGCACGGCGGGUUCGCGGUGGUGCACGUGGAGGAAGGAGCCAUCGGCCGCAGGAUCAGCACCUUGGGGGCCACCGGCCACGCCAGAGUGGACAUCACUGACCAGUACAAACACCCCGAGGGCUCGGAGGAGGAACGCCGCGCCGUCUCUGCGGCCACGUCCCACGGCUCCCGUCCGCGCCAGCGUGGCCCGACCUCGGGCGGGGAGGUGACAAUGACCGUCGGGUCCGGUCCGGCGGUGGCCGGAGCCGAUCUGGAGCUUCGGGCGGUGCUGAAGAACGGCGGUUUGGAGCCUCGGACGCUGCGGCUGCGCUUCUCCCUCUGCGCCGUCCGCUACACCGGCGUGGCCGGAGCCGCCUUCCGGCAGGAGCAGCACCGCCGGACGCUGCCGCCGGGGCAGGAGGACACGGUGACGAUGACGGUGACCUACACCGAGUACCAGCCCCACGUUGGUGACCAGGACGCGCUGAAGUUGACGGUGGCGGCGGCGGUGCAGGAGAGCGGCCAAGUGUUGGCCAAGGAGCUGCUGGUGCGGCUGCACACGCCCGAGCUGACCCUGACGCUCCUGGGCCCUGCCGUGGUCGGCCGCCCCGUGUCGGUGCAGGUCGUGUUCCAGAACCCGCUCCCGGCGCCGCUGCCCUCGGCCUCGCUGCGCAUGGAGGGCGCCGGCAUCGCCUGCCCCAAGCCCCUGGCCCUGGGCUCCCUGGGGGCGGGGCAGACGCUCCGGCUCAGCCAAUCAGUGACGCCGCUCCGGGCCGGGCAGCGCCGCCUCGUGGCCACCUUGGAAAGCGCCGCCCUCCCCCCCCUGAGCGGCUGCGUCCAGUUCAGCGCCCAAACUGGGAGCACUGGGAGCACUGGGAGCCUUACUGGGGAUACUGGGAGGGAGGAGAAUCAUACUGGGAGCACUGGGAAUGGCGGCAGGCGGCUGCGCAGGAGGAGGGGGAGGCCCGGCGGGAGUACGGGGGGUUAA